AUGUUCCGCUGCACUGUUUCAGAUACACAAACGGAGUUCCCACCUUCCUUCUCAGAGCUGUGUUGUCCGAGCUGCAAGCGAGUCUUCCGCGGGGAGCACGCCUACGUCUCUCACGCCCGCUUCUUCUGCUGCCCAGAGAAUAGCGCCCAGCUCUGGAGAAGCCUCUGCGCCCCCAAGACCGCGAGGAGGAGAUCGGCGGAACAGCCCACCAACUUCCACAGCUUGGCCAGGGACCUUGAGGUCAAAAUGGCCGCUUGGAAAGACGACGAUGGCCACGCGGCUGGGGAGAGGAGAGCAAAUGUCAGCGAAAUGGAGGGCGGCCAAGGGAAGAAGACGGUCCUGUGGGAGAAGACAAACUGCCUCUAUCCGGAACAGCACGGCGGGAGCAGGGAGGGAGGCGCGGGGCAGCAGCCGUCAGCCGGAGCUCUCUGGACUUUCGUUACAGGGAAACCGGUUUUCCUUAAGAAGGACGCUCUGGAGGAGAAAGACAGUGCUUUUACGGAAGUGAGGCAGACGAAAGAGAAGCCGAAAGCUGGGGAGGCCCACGAGGCGCAGCAGCGGGCCGGGGCAGCUCUCUCUGGCAAGGAGCAGUCUCUCAGCCACCCCGUGCCAAGUUCCCCCAGAAGCGCGUUCUCGUUGGUUUGGCCUGCCAGGAUAGCCGGGGAGCCCAAGAGCGCGUUCCGGAAGCCGACCAAGCGCUCGUUGGACAGGAAGCCUGCGGCUGCUCCUCGUGACGAGAGCGGUCUGGCGAAAGGCCCGGGGAAGCUACUGGGAUGCGUUGGCGCCGCCAAUGUCACGCGAUAUAGCAGCUUCGUCGCUUCCAAGGUCUUUGCGAGCGAGUUAGGUAGCUCUCCGUUGCUGCAGGGCGGUCCUUUCCCUUGCGCUUCCGGACUGUGGCCCCGACUAACCGGAGGACAGAUCCUGACCGUGCCCACCUCGGGCUCCCGCUCUGCUUCUUUGGCUGUCUUGCCCCCCACCUUCGCCUCCUUCGGGGUGGCGGCCCAGAACUGGUGCGCCAAGUGCAACCUCUCCUUCCGCAUGACCUCCGACCUCGUGUUCCACAUGCGCUCCCAUCACAAAAAGGAGGGCGCGUCCCCCGAGUCCCAGAGCAAAAGGAGGAGGGAGGAGAAGCUGACCUGCCCCGUCUGCCAGGAAUACUUCCGGGAACGGCAUCAUUUAUCACGGCACAUGACUUCCCAUAAUUAGUUCCAGAAGGGG